UUUGCAUGUUACAACAGGUAACACACCUGUCUGGAAAGAGCUCUUUUUUUCCCAAUGACCUGCCAAACCCAAACAUGCUUUUUUCAAAUUUCUUCCAGAGCCGUGACACAUAGGAUUUCCUGAGACAUAACAAGGGUGAAGGUUCUACAGAGCGGCACCUCGAGUGCUUUUUUUGACAUUUUAUGGUUUAUAUUAUUUAAUAUAUUUAAAUUUCUUCAAGAAUGGAAUCACUAUCUAUGCUUUCAUCCUUGCAUGAUGAAGUGAAAUCUGAAAACUGCCUAGAACCCCACUAUAAAGAAUGCUACCGGAUAGCAAUUGAUGAACUUUUAGAAGGAGGUAUUGAUUCAUACAAAGACUUUCUACAGAAAGAAAGAACAACAGAAUUCCUUGCAGAGGAUGAGCUUACUUAUAUUAUAAAUCACAUACAGAAGCCACCAGAAAGUCUAGACAAUUCACAAGGUGAUGUUACUGACGACAACUCUUCUUCUGGAACUUAUUGGCCUUUGGAAUCUGAUGUGGAGGCACCAAACCUUGAUCUUGGUUGGCCCUAUGUAGCUCCCAGUCAAGUAGGAACUACAGAUAUAAGUUUAUAUUUUCAUCCUCCAAGAGGACAUCCUUUCACAAUAAAAGAAAUGGUUAGAAGGAUGAUUAAGGAAGCAAGACAGGUAAUUGCUAUUGUUAUGGAUAUGUUUACAGAUAUAGAUAUACUUAGAGAACUUGUGGAGGCAUCAAGCAGAGGAGUUCCAGUUUAUCUUCUUCUAGAUGACAUAAACUUUCCACAUUUUCUCAAAAUGACAGAAAAACAAGGAAUUCAGGUGCAAAGACUCAGGAACUUAAGAAUAAGAACUGUCAAAGGUCAAGAUUAUUUUUCAAAGUCUGGUGCUAAAUUUUCUGGCAAAAUGGACCAAAAGUUUUUACUGGUGGAUUGCGAGAAGGUCAUGUAUGGUACUUACAGUUUUAUGUGGUCGUAUGAAAAGAUACACUUAAGUAUGGUCCAGAUUAUCACUGGAAAACUAGUAGAAUCGUUUGAUGAAGAAUUUCGAACAAUAUAUGCCCGCUCUUGUAUUCCUGGUGCAUUUGGUUCCGAGGAACUGGUUUCUGGAAAACUGAAAAAAAUUCCAUGGGAAAAUGGCACAUACCAAUAUUCAAGGUCUUCGUUACUCUCAGCCUCAUCCCAGCGGAGUCUUUUUGGCAGGAAAGAACAGAUUCAUGCAUUAGAUUCUACCUAUUUAAAACCACGGACUCGAUUUAUGAACAAUGAAGAUGAUAAAUUUGGGAUGAGAAAUGCUUCAUAUCGACCUCAUCAAUUGGGAUUCAAUGUUCAAAAUAAAAUUCAGCACUUUCAACAGUUUGAAAGGCAUGACAAUUGGAAAAGACAUAGCUAUGCUGCAGGGGACAAAACAGAGAUGUCACCUUAUAUGAUGCUAAAUAGAGCAAUGAACAAUAGAGUAAAUAAUGCCCCCGCUACCUGGAAUAGACAAGUAGAUGUUGCCAGCAUUGGGUCUUCAUCAAGGGGUGGCUAUUCAAGUAACUACAAUGGGUCUACACAAAGUUUUGCAACCCGAUUAACACCAAGAAUAGUUCCAAACCUAUCAGAAAGAAGUGUCCGAAGAUCUUUCCAUGGAGCUGAUAAUCACAUACGAUCUUUACAACAAAGAAUGCCAACAUUGGAACGCACCACUAAAUCAUUUCUUCGAAACUGGAGAAUUGAAUCAUAUUUGAAUGAUUACUCAGAUAUUCCUCCUGAUUCAAAUGACACAUUUAGUGAGAGGAAUGAAGUAGCUGAAGGAACUGAAAGCAUUACUGAUAACUCUCUCUACAGCAAUUCCCGACUUCGCUCAUCAUUCUUAUAUAAAGCCACAUUGCCUGAACAAAGGGAAGCAAACAGUACCACUGGCUCUUCCCAUUCAAAUUCUACAAUAGUUGACUCCCAGGGUAGCCUUACACCAAUAGCAUCAUCACCAUCACCACAUAAUAUGAGGUUCUCAGAUACUAUGGAUCAAAAUAACUUUACAAAUUAUGACAACCAACACACAACUCCACAGGAUACUUUUAAAAGGCACAGUCUACAAGUUCCAGAAAAUUCAGGACUUGGUUCAAAUUACACUUCUCAUUUAGGGCAAACAAGUUACUUGUACACAGCUCUGUGUACAAACAAUCAGACUGAACCUACUAAAACACAGAAUGAUACCCUUUUCAAAAGGAGAAGUUUGCCUCUCUUUGAACACAGAAAAGUAAAUGGAGGUCAAAAUAACACCAUAGUGCCACCGAAUUAUAUUUAUAAUUCAUUGGUCAGGAGAAAACCUGAAAACAUUCUGCAUCAAAAUACUUUGAAUUUUACUAGCACUCCAAAUCUGGAAAAUGCUGUACAGCAUACUGAUGAAAAUACAAACAGUAAAUCACAGUCUUCUCUUGUUACGCAAGCUACAUCAACAGAGUCAUUAGAUGCAACCAGUCAGGAAGACCACAACGCCCAUUCACCAACAAAGAAAGGCUCACCCAACUUCCUUAAAAAAGGAUCACAAAAACUGAAAUCUCUUCUUAAUCUGGCGCCUGAGAAAAAAGAAAAUAUUUCUAAAAACAAAACUCCUGCAUUUUAUAGAAUGUGCAGUAGUUCUGAUACUUUAAUUUCUGAAGGCGAUGAACAUGGAAGCCCCAAAAAGUCUGACACAAAAAAUGAUGUCUCACUGAAAAAAGAAAAGUUAAGACUCUCAGCUUCGCAAUUUAGCUUGAAUAAGAGUAAAGAAAGCAUUUGCACAGCCCCUCCUAAAUCUCCAACACCCAUUUCUGAAGAAACUGACCAAGUAACGCAAACUCCAGAAAUGAUUAUAACUGAAAAAACAGGAGAUGCAUCUGCACCACGGUUUAAUACAGAGCAAAUUCAGUAUCAAGACACCAGAACAUAUGCCACAUAUGGAAGAGUGAUGCCACCACAAAGGGAUCUUACUUGGAACACACAGACAGAGGUAUUGCCUCAACACAAUGAAAUGCCUACAAUGAUGCAGAGAGAAAUGCAUCUAAGGCACUCACAGCACAGGGGAAUGCAACAAAUUGAUAUGCAGCAAAGGGAUAUGUUUACACAACAUAAGCCUCAAGAGGAGGUUAACCCUGCUAGAGUAAAUGAGAGAAGAGUGUAUAGUCGUUUUGAGCCUUUUUGUAAAUUGGAAAACACAAUGCCUGUACACAACAGUAAUCUUCAGAUUUCAGAUUACCACAAUAAAGGGGUGAUGAAUACUUACAACAGACCCAAUAAUAUUCUUAGUUACAACUCUUCAGUGUAUAAUCCUAUACAACCUCCUGAGAAUAAAUUUGGCCGGUUUAUGCAAAAAUUUGGAAGUUUUAUUCACAAAAAACAAUAACUAUAAAAAUAAAUGGACUUUACUUAUAAACAACAUUGGUAAAGGAGAUAUGCAUAUGCUUGAGAACUUUUUGUAUAUUUUACAACUUUGUAAUAAAACUGCAUAUAUGCAUUUCUCUGAGACUAUUUUCUUGCUUCAAGGAAAAAAAUAAAGCAGCUUUUUUUUUUUAAAA